CAAACGUCAGAUGACAGCGACUGACAAGCCUCCUCUCUCUUUUUCCGGCAUCGUGUACUGUAGCUGGACACAUUCUGUGAAAGCCUAAUCUAAAAUGGCUGAUACCGCUAAGAAACCGGCCGCUGCCAAGAAGGCCCCAAAGAAGGCUGAGGGCAAGGCAGCCGCCGCACCGGUCGCUGUCAAGAGUAAGAAGAACGAUCUGGAAGCGAUCCGUGCCCGUAUCAAGAAGGCGAAGGAGCAGCGCACUCCGAAACCUAGCCUGCCCCGCCCGAAGAAGAGCUUCGGCCGGCUGUGGGCCAAGGCUACAUUCACCGGUUACAAGCGUGGCCUGCGUAACCAGCACGAAAACCAUGCACUGCUGAAGAUCGAGGGCUGCCGCAACCGCAAGAACGUCCUGUUCUACAUUGGCAAGCGAUGCGUGUAUGUGUACCGUGGCAAGUCCAAGAUCAACGUUCCCGGACGACAGAAGAAGUCCACCCUCCGCGCCAUCUGGGGCAAGAUUACCCGUUCGCACGGUAACAGUGGCAGUGUGCGUGCCCGAUUCCGCAAGAACCUGCCCGGUCAGGCCAUGGGCCAUCGCGUCCGUAUCAUGCUUUACCCAUCGCGUAUUUAAAUGGAAGUAAAUCGUGUGUACAUUUAUAAUGGAAUCCAACAAUAAAAGAGCGAAGAUGAGUUCCUCCAGGAGAAACGGACUUCUGUUAUGUUGGUAA